AUGGCUGCGAAUACAACCGUUAGUGGCAGCGUUUUCUGUAUGAAGCAGGCAGCCUGGCUUGGAGGUCCAGCCUACCGGGGUUUUCUACACUACAAUCGACUCAUUUUUCUCUCUAUCCUUGGCAUGCCGGUGUGUGUAGUUGGAAUAUUCACCAGCGGCCUCAGUAUCUCCUUAUUCUCUCGAGACAAGACAACACCGCGAACGACCCGCAAGCUCCUGAUCGUCACCUCGGCGGCUGAUGUGCAGUUUCUUCUCUUCUCUCUGCUUUAUCUCCAGCCACUGACAUUUUGUGGUCGCGGUUGUCGCCUGCGAUGGAUAUUCCGAUCCAACCCCUACGUCCUCUUCAUUUUCUCCUUUGUAAAUAUUCUUGAAUGCUUCAGGAAUUGGUUGGUUGUGCUGAUCGGCGUGGAACGCUUCCUAGUCAUCUGCCAUCCCGUUCGUAGUAAAGUCUGGUGGAAUGGGCGGCUAACUAAUCACCUGAUAAUAGCCUCUUUUGGAUUUGCUAUCCUGGCUCGACUGCCUCUCAUCUUCUACCUGGCAUUUGAGGAGGCGGGACGAGAGUGGUCGCGGGUGGCGUUG